AUGGAAGGACAUCAAAUAGUGCAGUACUGUUUUUCUUCUGACAAUACAUCAUGCCCAAAAGAAACUCAAUCCACAGUUGUUUAUGUAAUCCUGUAUAUUUUCUGUAUAUCAGUGGUGAUGCUGACAGUGUGUGGAAACCUGAUGGUGAUCAUCUCUAUCUCUCACUUCAAGCAGCUCCACACACCAACCAACCUCCUCCUGCUCUCUCUGGCUGUGACAGACUUUCUAAUUGGGCUGAUUGUGAUGCCUUUUGAGAUGAUUAGAUAUAUAGAAACCUGUUGGUAUUUUGGGAGGACAUUUUGUAUGAUUUUCUAUUUAGUUCUCGGCAUUCUUACAUUUGUUUCUCUUAUUAAUGUUGUUUUCAUAAGUAUUGAUCGGUAUGUUGCUGUGUGUGACCCACUGCGAUAUUCUAACAAAAUAACAGUUAAUGUUACGUGCUUUUGUGUAAAGUCCUGUCUAGGAGAAUGCGUUUUUGAAAUGAGUGCACCCUGGGCGAUUGUUGACAUGUUAGCUACUUUUAUUUUGCCUUGCUCUGUUAUGAUGGUUCUAUAUAUGAAAAUAUUUAUUGUUGCCAAAAGGCAUGCACAAGUCAUCGGUUCUGUUACUGAGCAACUGAAAUCUGAAAGAAAAGCAGCCAAAACUUUAGGAACUGUAGUGGCUGUAUUCCUUCUAUGUUGGAUGCCAUAUUACAUUGGCAGUAUAGUUGAAGGAAGCCCUAACGCCUCUUCUUCAGCUGCAGUAAUUAAUGGUCUAAUUUGUCUUGCAAAUUUAAACUCUGCAGUGAAUCCAAUUAUUUAUGCCUUGUUUUACCCCUGGUUUCAGAAGUCAGUUAAAGCAAUAUUAACAUUCAGGAUAUGUGAUCCAUCAUCGGUUCUAAAUAAUUUGUUUCCUGAAAAUCAUUAA